AUGGUCUAUUGGCUCUUUGAGGCGCGCGCGGAACGCUACGCGUCAUACGCUCGGGUCUGGUUCUGGUCGGGCGGCGAGCUGCCCUUACUCGCCGUCCGCAGACUUGCGCUUACGGUGGCCGGAGAUCAUAUUUUCUCGAUCCCCGACGCCCAGAAUGUCUCCUACUACGGCGGCUGGGGCGUGAGGAGGAUAGUUCCCUCACGCGCUCCGCCCCCUCCUUUGCAAGCAUCAUUGAAGGACAAUAAUAAAAAGAUCGAGCGAUCAUCUCCGGCCACCGUAAUCCUGGGUUUGAGGACGGUGAGUAACAGAGUAGAAGCUCUCCACCAGACCAGAACCAGACCCGAGCGGAUGGCGCGUAGUAUUCUGCUCGCGCCUCAAAGAGCCAAUAGACCACCACAGACGGGGCCCAUUAGGGCUAAUGUUCAGCCGGGGUUGUGGGGCAAGCGCUAUAAGUCACCGCGGCUUCGGCCUAAAGCAGGAGAAGGUGGGAGUUCUUACAUGGCGUCUUGGAGAGCAAGUCGUAUACUUAAAUUGGUAUCACCUGAUGCAACAUCUCAUACUCAAGACAAUCUGGUGGUUAAAAUCGACAAUACUAUUGUAGAAGAUCAACACAGUACAGCUAAAGAAAACGCAGAAAAUGUUUCCCCAAAUAAAAAUAUUGAUGUAAGUAGCUGUGAUGAGAUCUUAUCAGAUUGUGAUAGAGAUGAUCAAUUUGCCAACAAAAUUGAUGCUCGAUUUAUAAGUUCCCGUAAAACAGAUAAUAGUAGUCUUACUACACACACAUCAAUAAUAAGAACAUUGCAAACAAACCUCGUACCAGAUUAUGACAGUGAUGAUUCAUCCAUAAAUGAUAAUAAUAACUUAGAAAACAUUGAAACUUGUACUGAAAUUGAUCAAAGCAUUCAAAAAGCACUGCCGAAAUCUUCUUCUUCAAGCUCGUCUACAUCAAGCUCGUCUUCAUCGAACUCUACCUCCUCUGGUAGUUCAUCUUCGGAUUCAGACAGUUCUACGUCUUCUAAACGAACUAAUCAACAUUCUGAACAAUACGCCAAUGGUGUAAGACCACAGAGCGCUUCAACUUCCACUCUACCUGCCAAUAUUUCACCAAAUUAUACUGAUGAAAGUGAUAAUAUAGACUUAAGUGAUGACGACCCUACAUUUAAUUAUGAACUGUCUACCAAACGCAAAAAGAAAAACUAUUUUUUUGAUGCCACCAAAACAGACUCAUCUGACAGUGACGACGAUAGUGUUUCAGAUUCUGAUAGAAAGAAGCUUAGUAAAAGAGGGCGCAAGCGAUCUCUAAAUCCUGCAAAGUGGAAACAAAAUAAAGUUAAAAAGCUACGGAACACUGGUGAAUCGUAUAUAUCCAUAUCGAAAUCUCAGAAAGUUAUUCCCAGCCGCUGUCUUAAAGUGCCUUGCACAGAUAAAUGUAGAUUAAAAUGCACAACUAAUAUAUCAAUGGAUGAAAGUACUGAUGAAAAAAAGAGAGAGCUGGAAGAUAAAUAUAAUAAACACAUAGAAGAAAAGUCAUUGAGUAGAAUAGAAAAACAAGAAGAUCGUAAAAAAGUUACCAAAGAUAAUAUAGUCGCAAUUUAUGAUUUAGAAGCAGUGCUCCAAUGUCCAAGAGGGCACACUCAAAAUGAAGCGGAUAGCGUGCACAGCUUAAUAGAAAAAGAGAUAAAGAAAAAUCUUAAAUCAGGGCCCAUUUACAGCCCUGAUCAGUACAUAGCUUUAAUUAAAAAUGCUAAAAAAAGUAAACCAGCUAUAAAUGUACACGAAUUAACCUUUGAUUCCUUCGUUGAUACUAAAAUAUUGCAGGAAGAAUGGGGUUACAAUUAUAAUACAAAUAUGGACGGACAAACAGUUAAUUGGAAUAAUAUAAAAGUAUUGAUGAUGAAAAAAGAGAAACCAUUCAGUAUUUUUUACAAAACUUCCUACAAAGAUGAUUGUUUCCAAGAAAUAGAUGUAAGAAAUAAAAGGAAGAAGAUGAAGCUCAUAACAGAAAUUACACUAAAAAAGGCUUACACGGAAAGGCAAGAUAUAAGUCUUAAUAAAAAGAAGGAUUUAAGAGAUCUCGUCAAUAAAGGACUUAUUCCUCCUUUUUACGCAAAUUUUUAUAAUUCGAUCAUUAACUAG